AUGGCCGACUCAUCUUCCUCCAAUGCUGCGACCGUCCCUCCACCAACCCGCCCAAGCCGACCUCUCAGCGAAGCGCUAUUGAACGAGAAGUGGGACCACUGCCUCAGCACACUUCUCAUCCGCAGCACCCUCGGCGCGUCAUUCGGAGUGAUCUUCUCGGUCCUCGUCUUCAAGCGGAGAGCUUUCCCAGUGUGGGCCGGUCUUGGAUUUGGUGCUGGAAGAGCUUGGGAGGAGUGUGACAGCAGCUUCAAGCGCGCCACAGCUCCAUCACGCGACGGACUUCGCGUUCUCCGAUCAUGA